AUGACCCGAGUUGACCUGUCCCUACGGCAAGCUAUUCUGCUAAACGAUAUUGCAUUGGUGCAGCGAAUCCUCAAGCACAAUCUUUCAUAUCUGCAGAAUCCGGAUUAUGCAGACAAGAGCAACACGUCGUUGCAUCUUGCUGCGAAGUAUGGACUGGAAGAGAUUGCAGAAUUUCUGAUCUCCCUAGGUCACGAUGGCACUCGGCCAGUUGAAGACUGGAUCUACAGUGCCCACCAUGACAAUCGGGGCAUUUCUGUCAACACAGAUGGGCAAACACCGCUGCACCUGGCUGCUGCCUAUUCUCAAGCCGGCGUUGUUGAGCUCCUGUGCAGGGAAUUCCCACAAACGGUAAAUCGAAGAGAUCUCAAAGGCCAGACCCCCCUUCACCUCGCUGCGUCCUCCCAGAUUAUCCCUAAGCCGAAUCUCAACAACUCCGCCAACAUUGGCCCGUCAAGGGCGACACCGGAGGAUAACAGAACGAUAGAAAUACUCCUAGCGCACGGUGCAGACGUGAAUGCAAAGGAUGAGCUCGGAAAUACAUGCCUUCACAACGCCAGUGCAUGGGGGAACCUCAAAGCCGUUCGGGCAUUGAUGCAAGCGGGCGCAGAUCCAUUGAGUAAGAACAAGGCUGGAUGGACACCCGAGUAUUACAGCAUCACGGUGCAGGCAGAGGUUUACUACCGCAAUUUAGUGGCGGAAUGGGAGAAGAGGAAGGCAGAGGAUGAAAUGCGAGCGAGCGAGCGAAGAGGGAAAGGAGGAAGUUCGGUCAGACUGGUGCCACCGGAGAAUGAAAGCGACGGCGAAGGAGACAGCCCGUCGAUGACGGAGAGAAGCCAGGAGAGGAGCACGACGAAGACUCCACUGCCUGGGGCCACUGCUGGGUCUGGCGUUGGCCCUUCGGUCGGCCAGAGUGAUGCAGGCUUGGGCAUCAGUGUAGGCUACGUGGAUGCUUGGAAAUGA